CUCUCGGCGGUGUGGCCUCAGGCUGGGCGGCGGGGCCUUCGCCAUGCCCGGGAUGGUGCUCUUCAGCCGGCGCUGGGCCAUCGCCAGCGACGACUUGGUCUUCCCCGGGUUCUUCGAGCUGUUCCUGCGAGUGCUGUGGUGGAUUGGCAUCCUGACUCUGUACCUCAUGCACAGAGGGAAGCUGGACUGUGCUGGUGGAGUCCUGCUCAGCACUUACUUGAUCGUUCUCUUGGUUCUCUUGGCACUUGUUAUAUGUACUCUGUCAGCCAUCGUGCAUGUCAGCAUGAAAGGAACCAUUUGUAAUCCUGGACCACGGAAAUCUAUGUCUAAGCUGCUUUACAUCCGCCUAGCGCUCUUUCUGCCAGAGAUGGUCUGGGCUUCUCUAGGGGCCGCCUGGCUGGCAGACGGUGUUCAGUGUGACAAGACAGUUGUGAAUGGCAUCAUUGCAACCGUCGUUGUCAGUUGGAUUAUCAUCGCCUCCACUGUGGUUACCAUUAUCGUUGUCUUUGACCCACUGGGGGGGAAAAUAGCUCCGUAUUCCUCAGCUGGUCCCAGUCGCCUGGAUAGUCAUGAGUCGAGCCAGUUACUUAAUGGCCUCAAGACAGCGGCUGCAAGUGUGUGGGAAGCCAGAAUCAAGUUCUUGUGCUGUUGUAUUGGGAAAGACGACCGUACUCGAGUUGCUUUUUCGAGUACGGCAGAGCUUUUCUCAACCUGCUUUUCAGACACAGAUCUGGUGCCCAGCGACAUCGCGGCGGGCCUCACUCUUCUCCAUCAGCAGCAGGACAAUAUCAGGAAUAACCAGGAGCCUGAUGAAGUGAUCAGCCAUCCCCCAGAGCCCUCCCAGGAAGCUGAUUUGGAUGCAGAGUUAGAAAAUUGCCAUCAUUAUAUGCAGUUUGCAGCAGCUGCUUAUGGCUGGCCUCUCUACAUUUAUAGAAACCAAUUUACAGGGCUGUGCAAGAUUGGUGGUGACUGUUGCAGAAACAGGACAACAGAAUAUGACUUGGUUGGAGGUGAUCAGCUCAGCUGUCAUUUUGGCUCCAUCCUGCAAACGACAGGGCUCCAGUACAGGGAUUUCAUUCACAUAAGCUUUCAUGACCAGGUAUAUGAGCUUCCCUUUUUAGUGGCUCUGGAUCACAGGAAAGAGUCUGUUGUGGUAGCUGUGAGAGGAACCAUGUCUCUCCAGGACAUCCUUACGGACCUGUCAGCGGAGAGUGAGACCCUCAACUUAGAGUGUGAAGCGCAAGACUGUUUGGCACACAAGGGGAUUUCUCAAGCUGCCAGAUACGUUUACCGACGACUCAUCAACGAUGGGAUUUUGAGCCAAGCGUUCAGCAUUGCUCCUGAGUACCGGCUUGUCAUCGUGGGGCACAGCCUGGGGGCAGGCGCUGCAGCCCUGCUGGCCAUCAUGCUCAGACCCGCCCACCCACAGGUCAGGUGUUACGCCUUCUCCCCGCCCCGAGGGCUGCUGAGCAAAUCCCUUUAUGAAUACUCUAAGAACUUCAUUGUGUCACUUGUCCUGGGCGAUGAUGUGAUUCCCAGGUUAAGUGUGACCAACUUGGAAGAUUUGAAGAAGAGGAUCCUACGCGUGAUUGCUCACUGUAAUAAGCCCAAGUACAAGAUCUUGCUGCACGGAUGCUGGUAUGAGCUGUUUGGAGGGGAUCCUGAUAACUUUCCAACAGAGCUGGAUGGGGGUGACCAGGGAGACCUGACACAGCCUCUUCUUGGGGAGCAGAGUCUGCUGACACACCGGUCCCCAGCGUACAGCUUCUCCAGCGACUCCCCCCUGGAGUCCCCCACCAAGUACCCCCCUCUGUACCCUCCCGGCAGGAUCAUCCACCUGGAAGAAGAGGGCCCUUCAGGGAGAUUUUGCUGCUGUUCUACUGCUCAUUAUAGAGCAAAGUGGUCACAUGAAUCAGAAUUCAGCAAAAUACUUAUCGGCCCAAAGAUGCUAACAGACCACAUGCCAGACAUCCUGAUGAGAGCCUUGGACAGUGUGGUGUCCGACAGGGCCACCUGCAUUUCCUGUCCGGCCGGAGGAGGCUCUCAUGUGGACAUGGUGUAACCAGGGCUCCUGGAGACUGCUCCAGGACAAUGGACUCGUGCUG